GCCGCACUCGUGGGGCCAAGGAGACGAAGGAGCUAAUCGAACAGCUCCUAAAUGACUUCAUGGAGGCAACAGACACAAUGGGAGUCAGGCUCUUUGACAAGGAGAGGAUGGAAGAGAUCUGGAGGACACAGCAGCCCCACAUAGAAUGCAUCCAGGACCCACCAGGUGUGCAGCUAUACAGGAGGAUAGGGAGGUGACCAAAGGGGAGGUCAUUCUGCCCCAGUAUCGCUGUGCACGUGGCUCAACAUCCUUAGAGUCCUUCCACCUGCACCUAAACCGCUUUGUGCCAGGAACAAGUGCAAGUGACCUUCAUUUUCAAAUGUACUUGAUGGAAGGGCUUGUACAGUGGAAUGAGGCUCGUGCGGUUGCUGCCAUUGAAGGUGGAAAAAAAAAGGAUAUCUGCUAUGGUGGCCAACUGCAGCAGUACGCCAACGUCCUGAGCCAGCUAUUCAUGGGUCUUAAUUUGGCGGAGGACUACACCAGCCCUGGCGAAUACACAGGAGAACUCAUUGGCGUGGAAUACUUAUAUUCCCAAACAAAUACAUCUUUUGAGGAAGACUUCGGUGCUGAUCCUGAUUCUCAAGAUGGGGUUCAGGAUGAAGACCUGAAGAUUGAUCUGGAGAGUGAUGAAGGGUUUGAGGAUGUAGACUUGGAUGGUGAGCCUCUUGAAAUCAUGGAGCUCAGCCUCGAUAUCCCAGAACCCUUGAGAGAUGAGCCACCGACUCAGAGCCAGGGGGUGCAGAGUCAUGUGGCAGAGUCUUCCUUGCCUGAGCCCAUAGAAGAUGAGCCAGCAACUCAGAGCCAGCUGGAGAGCCUGGGACCAGAUGGCAGACCGGGCUACGACCACGUCGUCCGGCUAGCCAACAGUCUUGUGGACCUCAGACAUGAGGGGUUUAUUACUCAGCAGAAGGUGGAUGAGAUUGUGACUCUCUGGGAUAAACUGUCAGAGUUUGACAAGGGCGCUCUCAUCUACCCAGCUCGCCACCGCGACAGGCUCAUGAAGGGGCGCUUCAAAGUCAGUCAUUCUGUGACGAAUGUGACCCCUGGAGCUGACAGUUUGAAGCGCUGCUUCCUUGGUGAAGGCAGUGGACCUGCUCAGUGGCCUAAUGCCAGCCGUCUGGUGAAGGCAGUCUGUCUGGCUUUAUGCAGAAUUUACCCUGCGGGUCAGACAGUGGCUGGUGUCAAGGUUAACAGGUGGGCUGUCAUUCUGCGUAACUACAGGAUCAUAAGAGAUGUAGUCCUGGACAGCCCCAGACUCAUGGCAGAAACAAGGUUGCAGCUGUUUGAGUUAAAUCAUCACACUCUUUCACAAUGGCACAAUGCUCGGAAAAGGAGGCAGGAAAAGGAGGUCUUGGAGCAGGGUAUUCAGACCUUUACCACUCCCUUGGUGGCCUCUGAACCCCUUCCACCUGUGCUGUUUAAGCAUCCGCAACCGGUCCGGCAUGGGCACCAAGCCUAUGAAUUCAACAUCCCGGUGGAUGCAUCAGGACAGGCAGUACAGCGUGUUCGUGGCCAACCUCCUAAAGUGGGCACAACAUCAGCAGCUGUUGGCAUGCCUGCUGCAGCACAGCAUGCCCAAGGGCAGCCUCCUCCUGUCCAGGAGGUCUUUGCAGUCUCUGACCCUGCCCGCUUGCUUCAAGCUACAGACACUGCAACUAUUGCUGAACCUCCUGCUACACCUCCUGGUCCAAAAGUGCCAAGGACCACAGCUUGGCGGCGGAGGAAGGCAGCGGAGGCAGCUGCAGCACAAGGUGCUACUCCAAAAAAAAGAAACCAGACUGAACAAUACAUUUGCCAAAAGUGUGGCCAACCAAAGACAAAAGAGUUUGGCCACAGUCGGUUCGGAGGUGCCCACUUUUGUGCAAAGUCAUCUGGCAAAACUGUGGAGCAGUGGAUGGAGGAGAUGAGAAGGGGACAAAAAUAAGUCAUAUUGCAUAUAUAUAUAUACAUUUACA